GUCGUGAAGUUUCGUGAGUGCAAUGUGAUCACGUAAUGGCGGGUAAGGCGUUACAGUGGAAAUUAGUGGCAAAUCCAACUGGACCGCAACCCCGACCUCGCCAUGGACAUCGUGCGGUCGCUAUUAAAGAUCUUAUGGUCGUAUUUGGGGGCGGAAAUGAAGGAAUUGUCGAUGAACUUCAUGUUUACAAUACAGCUACAAAUCAAUGGUUUGUACCCGUAACAAAAGGUGAUAUACCCCCAGGAUGUGCUGCAUAUGGUUUUGUAGUAGAUGGAACCAGAUUGCUGGUUUUUGGGGGUAUGGUUGAGUAUGGAAAAUAUAGUAAUGAGUUAUAUGAAUUACAAGCUUCCCGCUGGGAAUGGAAACGUUUAAAGCCAAGACCACCUAAAAAUGGUUCUGCUCCAUGUCCAAGAUUGGGACACAGUUUUACUCUUGUACAAAAUAAGGUUUAUUUAUUUGGCGGUUUAGCAAAUGAUAGUGAAGACCCCAAGAAUAAUAUUCCAAGACACUUAAAGGAUCUAUAUGCCUUAGAUAUCAGAGUGAAUCCAGUACAGUGGGAAGUGCCUGUUACACAUGGCCCUUCUCCACCACCCAGAGAGUCACAUACAGGAGUAGCCUAUGUGGAUAAAUCUAAAGGAAAAUCAUUUUUGGUUAUUUAUGGAGGAAUGAGUGGCUGUAGAUUAGGGGACCUAUGGUUAUUAAAUACAGGUACUUUGACAUGGAGCAAACCUCAAGUGUCUGGUAUUGUUCCUCUUCCGAGAUCAUUACAUACCUCUACACUUAUUGGACACAGGAUGUUUGUUUUUGGUGGUUGGGUUCCUGUUAUGACUGAAGAUUCCAAAACUACCAGUGAAAAGGAAUGGAAAUGUACAAGCACAAUGGCCUGUCUUAAUUUGGAAUCCAUGCAUUGGGAAGAUUUAAAUAUUCUGUCUACUGAAGGAAAUGUUCCCUGUGCUCGUGCUGGUCAUUGUGCUGUUGGAAUAAACACACGAUUAUAUGUUUGGUCUGGUCGUGAUGGCUAUAGAAAAGCUUGGAACAAUCAGGUCUGUUUUAAAGACCUAUGGUACUUAGAAGUAGAUAAACCGGCUGCAGUAGGUCGAGUAUCACUUGUAAAAGCUGGAACACAUUCCCUGGAAGUUAACUGGAAUGGAUCUCCAUCAGUACAGGUUUAUGUCCUACAGACGCAAAAGUAUGACCUGCCACAAACUACGGCAGUUGCUAAGAAACCAGAGCAGCAGUCUGCUGCAACUUCUGUUCCUUCAACAGAUGCAGCUGUGCCUCCACUAGUUGCCUCAAAACAGACGCCCGUCGCAAACGUGCCUCAUACCCCUACGGUAACAAAAACCGUUAUUCCACUAGCACAAGUUCCCACUGUUGCAGCACCCAAAGUUAUUCCACCUGUUGUACGAUUACGAACUCCAGCUCCCAAACUAGUUGCAUCAACUCAGUCUGUCGUAUUUGCUCAAUCUGGUCAGUCAGCAGCUGUUGAAAAUGUUACAGCGAAAACAACUCAGGCAGGCAUGUCUGGAAUUCAAGCCCUCGCUGCUGCUGCAGCAGCUACACAGAAAAUUACCGUUUCUCCACAAGUUUCACCAAUAAAAAUUGCUGGUUCAAAUGUGCGAAUACAAGGAGUACAAGGAACUGCCGGCACGGUUGUCCGUCAGGCAACACCUCAAACAACGACUGUUCAGGGAAAACAGUUGAUACUACAAAAAUCUCUACCAUCAGCUACUGUGUUACAAAAGGCUGUAACGCCACAAAUAGUGACUUUGGUUAAGACGAGCUCUGGAAUGACAGUAACGUUACCCAAACAAAAUAUUGUCCAAGGAGGUCAAGUAAAGACAGCUGCAAAUGUAUUGCAGCAACAAGGAAAGAAUUAUGUCAAAAUUAUUCCCAGUUCAGGGGGAAACAAAAUUAUGACUACUGUCAAAACCUUACCCUCAAACGUCAUUCAAAUGAAUAAGGCAACAGGGAAACUUGUAUUGUCAAAAAGUUCCACUGGACAAUUACAGACGAUUAGUAAUCCUCAAGUACUUGUUGUCAGUACGAAUGCAGGUAUUCGUACUAUACAGUCAGUUAGUCAAGCUCAAGCUCUUUCACAAUCUAAAACCACUACUGUUAAUGUACAUCCCAUAUCUAAUGCGUCUGUGGCUAAUUUACAAAACGUUAAAAUUACUGGCAAACCAAUUACUAUCUCUAUGCCUGGAGGAACUCAAAAAACCGUUACACUGUCCAAGAAUACUAAACAAGUUAUGAUUGGAGGAAAGCCUGUUACCGUGCAAAUGGCUGGUGGAGGCAGUAAAACGCUGACUCUUGUUGGCAAUCAUCUCCAGCAAAUUGGACAACAGCUACAGCAAGUUGGUUCUCAUUCAGGAUCUCCUGUUGGAAAAAUUGUCCGAAUACCGGCGGGUGCCACAGUUCAAGCAGUCACUGUAUCAUCUUCAACAGAGCCACAAAAGGUUAUGGUUAUGUCACGUCCAAAACAACCUACUGCAUCCAUAGCACCAGCAUCAUUUGACAGUCCAGCCACAACAGACGCAGCUUUGGCCGCAUUAGCGGCCGAGGCUGGUUUAAUAGAUCCUGUUAAGGAUGACGGCGAAGAUAAACUGUCACCAGACCAAUCAAACAUGAUAAUGAAAAUAGAUGAGAGUAAUAGUAAUGAAAGCGCUAUGGAAACAGAGCCUUCAGCCAACGAAGCCUCGAGUGUUGGAUUAUUUGGUGGAAUGGCAUUACAUCAACGUAUGGGUUUGAAAGGAGGUGGUAAAAUUCGACUAGGUUUGUUUGGAGGAUCUCCUAUCGGUUCCCCCGUAGGCACUGAAAACUAUGCUCAGCAAAAUACGACUAAAUCUGAAGCUGAGUCUACAACAGACGUUUGUGACUCAGGCGUGAGCAGUUCUCAACCAUCUACACAAAGCCUAACAUCAGUCAACGGAAACUUAAUAGAUAAAGGUGGGGAAGGAAUAAAAGGAUUUGAAGAGGAGAAAGGUGAAGAACAAUAUAACGACAGCGAGGAGACAACUGAUGAACACAAACAAAUGGACGACACAGAAGAUGGAACUAAUGCAAGAAAUAAUAAUGAAGUACAUGGGUUUGCUGAUGAGAAGAAAAGCGAAAAUGGAGACGGACUUUCAGCCCUUGCUUCGGCCGCUUUGGAUCAUUCAAAAGAAUUCAAGACUGAUAAUGUGAAGAAUGUGCCAAGCGAGAAAGACGUUUGGUACACAGUAGGUUUUAUUAAGGGGACAAGCUGUGAUGUUCAGGAUUACUUCUAUUGUGACAGUGAAGCGGAUUACACAGUUGAUAAUUUACCCGAUUAUUCACACUUGCCGAGGAUUAAUCUCGAACCAGGAACUGCAUAUAAAUUUAGAGUUGCAGCAAUCAAUUCCGUUGGAAGGGGAGAAUGGAGCGAGAUCUCAGCUUUCAAGACGUGCCUACCUGGAUUCCCAGGCGCUCCAUCUGCCAUAAAAAUAGCAAAAUCGGGGGAUGGCGCUCAUUUGUCUUGGGAACCCCCCAAUUCGUCACAAGGCGAAAUUUUGGAAUAUAGUGUGUAUCUUGCUGUACGAAACAACUCCAAGCAGGAGAAAUCUGGUACAAAUCAACUUGCUUUUGUUAGAGUGUAUUGUGGAGCUAGUAACUCUUGUACAGUUCCAAAUUCUUCAUUAGCAGCAGCUCACUUGGACACUUCCACAAAAGCAGCUAUUAUAUUUCGUAUAGCUGCAAGAAAUGACAAAGGUUACGGACCUGCCACUCAAGUUAGGUGGUUGCAAGAUCCACAAGCGACAAAUAAAACGCCAAAGCGGACAAUAGAAGGAACCACACCAGUAGGAAUUAAGAAAAUGAAAUCAGCAGAUAAAGAAGAUAUGUAAAGUGUACAGCAGAAUUGACUAUUCUAAUGCCAGCAGAUACUUAAUUACUUUCUGGUUUAAUUAAUUAUCUGUUCAUUGAUUUAAUGGAGCUUAGCGCUACAAUCGAAUAUGUUUUUUUCUUAAUAAUGUUAAAAUUAACUACCUAAGGAUUGCACUAUCUGUAAUGGUGUGGAUAAUGAAGUGUUAGUAUAUUUGGCAAAAAAUUCAAAAUUUUAUAAUAUUUACGUUACAUUAAAGGCGUUCUUUUAACAAUUGAUGAAUGAUAUAAAUAGUUGUAUAAUGUUAUUUUAUUUUUGUACAGAGACAUUGAACGUAAGUAAUUAUUAAAGGCUCAUAAUUAAUUGAAUACUUGUUAAGGAUGAUAACAUAAGAAAACAAGUUGCAAAAGAAUACUGUUUUAUACUACUUUUUCGUAAGGAGCCGGAUUAUGGAUUUAAAACAUGGAAUUUGUUAUGUGAAGUAGUUUAUUAUUGAAACAUUUACAAUUAUCAUUAAAUAUUGUUUAAGGUGCUUAGCGAGUCAUUUAUUUAUAGUAUUUAGUACAAAUUGUUGCUGUUUAUCUUCAAAAUUUUGUAGGUCACAAGUUUUUGUAAUAUAAUUUUGAAAGUCUAAUGCACUAACGUAACAACUUGUGAUAAUCUGGAUGUAGCAACUCCUUUCUUUUGCGUUAAAUUAAUGUUUUUAGUACACGUUCUCGUCUUAUUUCUCUUUUUAUAAAAAGUAAAAAAAUAAAAAGUAGGAUAGGGAAAAUCAGUUUAUUAAUUAAAUGCUGUUAUUUGAAUGGCAAAUUAGUGCGUACUCUUACGGAAUAAUAGUUUUUAUCUAAUUGUAAAUACAUUAUUCUUAAAGGAGAAUAGUUUCUAGAGUAUUUUUAUUAUUUAUGUUUUUUUCUUUGUUCGUUCAUGUUUUGUGUCAAAUUCAUACAAGCCAAUCGACCGUCGAUUCUUUUCAGGAUGUCAGUUCAUGUAAUUUGACUAAAUAUAAUACAUUGCAUUUCUGACUCUUUCAUUAA